UCUGAUCUAGCUUUUAUCUCAUUCUUCUCGAUAUAUCACACCCUUGAUAUUUGUUUUCAAAAGCAUCGAUGUUUACACAGUUUUCGUAUUUUUACGAUAAUAAUAAAUAAAACUAGCUGUAAUUUUAAUUCUCUGAAAAAAGAUUCAGCAAUUUUUAUAUGUACAUAUAUAUAUUUUUUAAUUAUUUAUUAGCUGAAAUCAACGGCUAGAUAAAUGCCUGUCAGAAGUCUUAUAAUUUUUUUUAUAUCUAUCUGGAAUCGUAUUAUCUCGUUAUUAUAUCUCAUUCCGAUAUGUACCUUAUAAUUUUUAUAAUAUAUAAUUUUGACCUUUAAUGCAUUAAUAAAAAGUCUUUAUCUAUUCUGUCUUUUAUUCUCUGUCAAAUAAAAGGUGUUGUGUAGCGAUUAAUAAUGCACCAACAUAUUUCUAUAAAUAAACAAAAAAACUCAUAACGAAACGAAAGACACAAAUUUCAAUGGAAAUCAUACACUGAAUCAGCUGCCGUAUGCUUUAAUAUAUCUUUCAACAGCGUAGAACAAUUUAAAAUUGUUAUUAUUCAUGCUUGUUAUUUACGAAAGUUUUACAAGAGACAGAAAAAUUCAUAUUAAAAAAAAAGAAACAAUCAAGCAGGUAUAUGUAUAUAAGAUAGGCGUUAUCCUCUAUCUCUUACGCUCUUCUUUUGCUGCGAUCCACGACAUUCGAGGCUCAUCGCGCUAUCAUAAUUACUCUGAUAAUUGUGCCUUGUGGAAGGAACGAGUGCGAGUUGCUGCGCCGUUUAAGACCGUUGAAGUCAUAUAUUUUUCACCCGUUGCGUUUUCUGGAAACGUAAAAGUUGAAUCCAAGUUUUCAUUGACUGUCGUCCAAUCUGGCUCAGGAAUCUUCUCCCUACCAGAGUGUCUCGUCGAUUAGCAUAGCGUGCACAGAGUGGACAUCCGGGAAGUGUGACCCCGAAGACCUAGUGAUCGAAUCCGACGACCAGGUUUUUUUUACAGCCUUGGUCUUUUUCAUCAGCUGCGCGAACGAGGAAUCGAUAUGGAUCGUGUCUGUAUAGACAGGGAGACUGGCGAGCAUCUGAUUCAUUCGCUCUACGAUUGUGAUAUUUGUCAUUCAACUGAUUCAACGACAGUAAACGAUGCGGAGACCGGGGAGCCAGAAGUCAGCGUGGAUCAUGCAACGACCAGAUGUCAUCUCAGGAGAGUGCCGUUUCAGAUACCGAAAGAAGUUAAGGAAAAGACGACGAAAAAACGCUAUAUGGAAUUAGAACCAGUUCCAGCGGGCGCUUCUUUUGGUCAGAUAAAUCCCGUGUGCUUGUUUUUACCGGCAAUCAUCUACUUCCGUUGGUUUCUCGCUCUGUUGAUGCUCUUUGAGGUUGUUCUGCACGUAUGGGCGCACCACAAGAAUAAGACUUUGAAAAACGCCAAUGUGUACUUCCGUUCACCAUUUCACGAUAUCUCUGCCGAAUUCUGCGCUCUUUGCCAGAACGAAACAUGCAUGAAUCGCGUCGGUAAAAUGCAUCAGAUUCGAAUGCACAAGUUUUUGCGGCAAUGCAAUUACAUGAAGAGAGUCGUGACGUGAUUCGAGUCAUUCGAGAGAUGCAAACGUAUCUAGCAAUAUCAAGUAUCAUGGAAUUUUUAAAUGAUGACAAUAAUUAUAAUUGGUUAUUUACUUAUUUUAAACUUUUAAAAAGUUCAAAAUAAUCAAGUUUUACAUAAAAUAGCUAUUAUAUACAACAGUUACAUAUAACUUGUUUUAUGUAUAUAUAUAUAUAUUAUAUUAUAAAUAAUGUUACAUA